CAAAUUCAUAUCUUGAACUGUUCUGUCUGCUUCUUCUGUGUUUCCAUUAUAAUGGCUAAUCGCAUGAUUUACUUCACAUUGGGACUCUUACUGUUGAUAUGCUGUUACACCCACAAUGUCAUGGCAUAUGAUCCCGAUCCCUUGCAAGAUUUCUGCGUUGCAGACAUGGCAAGCAAAGUUGUGGUAAACGGGUUCCCUUGCAAAAACCCAAUGGCAGUUUCGGCAGACGACUUCUUCUUCCAGGGACUGGCGCAGCCAGGGAACACAAACAAUGCAGUAGGCUCCAACGUAACGGGGGCAAACGUUAUGCAGAUACCAGGCCUUAAUACCAUGGGAAUAUCGUUGGUCCGUAUCGAUUAUGCAGUGGGUGGAAUAAAUCCUCCUCACACACACCCAAGAGCCACUGAAAUCCUUUUUCUAAUGGAAGGCGAGCUUUUUGUGGGGUUUAUUGACACCAACAACACUUUUUUCAGCAAAACAUUGGCGAAGGGAGAUGUGUUUGUGUUUCCAAAGGCACUUGUGCAUUUCCAGCAGAAUGUGGGGCAUGAAAAUGCAGUGGCGAUAGCUGGAUUGAGCAGCCAGUUUCCUGGAGUUCAGACAAUCGCGAAUUCUCUGUUUGCAGCGAAUCCCCCUAUUCCCGAUUCCGUAUUGAGCAAGGCCUUCCGCAUCAGUGAAAAAGUUGUGGAGUUCAUUAAGGCCAAAUUCAUGUAAGAUGAAUUGGAUUGUGAAAGUGAAGUUGCUCUAUAGUCUAUUAAAUAAAACAAAGAAGUGACCGCGUGGGAAGACCUUCUUUUAGUAAAUGUUUUGUUCUAAUUUUAUGACGUCGUAUAACAAAGCCUGCUUAACGACUUAUUGGCGUUGUUGUCGUUACAUUUAUAGCAUCUUCAUUCAUGUAGGCUGAUUUGA